UAUUGGUUAUCCAGUAUAUUAAACAUUUUAAUUCGUAGUGUAAAUAGUUAUAUAGAUUUAUUGUAGAUGGAAAACCAAUAUUAAGAAUUUUCUCAUAGUAUAUAUAGUAAAAUUGUUAAUACUUCGUUAGAAAUUGGCAAUUUAAUAUCCGUGUUAUUUUUUAUUCCUUUUAUAUUUUACUUUUAUACUAUACUUUUUUUACUGAAGCAAAACACAUUUGAAAAUAAACUGUCAAUUUAAUAAAACAUAUAGAUAUUUUGCACAAUGACCUCACAUAUAAAUAUGAUGAAUAAAUGCAAAACUCUAUUACCAAUUUUAUCGCACAAUCUUCAUAAAGGACAAUCUGGAAGAAUUGGUGUUAUUGGAGGUUGUGAAGAAUACACAGGAGCCCCCUACUAUGCAGCCAUUAGUGCGUUACGUACAGGAGCUGAUCUUGUUUAUGUGUUUUGUUUCAAAUCUGCUGCUCCAGUUAUAAAGUCAUACUCGCCAGAACUUAUUGUGUUGCCAUAUUUGGACAGUCCAGAUUGUAUUGACCGUUUAAAGCCCUGGUUAGAAAAGCUUCACUCUCUGGUUGUAGGACCAGGACUUGGUACUAGCCCUAUUGCUCAAGAUGCUGUUAGACGUAUUUUUGAACACAUCAGUAGAGAAUCAAAUUUUAACAAUAAAAGAAUGCCAAUAAUAGCUGAUGCAGAUUCUCUUAAUGUAAUUGAACCAGAAACAUUUCGAUUUUAUAAUGGUUGUAUUUACCUUACUCCAAAUGUUCACGAAUUAACUAAAUUAUCUAGUAGACUAAUUGGGCGUCAAACAUAUGAACCAACAGUGACUGAUGUCCAGGCACUUAUGAACAAAUUAGGAGGUAAUUAUGUUAUAGUAUUAAAAGGAGCUGAAGAUGUUAUAGCAAAUAUAAGAGGAACUUUAGUGUGUACUGAACCAGGUUCAACUAGACGAUGUGGAGGUCAAGGAGAUAUAUUAGCAGGAAGUAUGGGCACUUUUGCUUAUUGGGCUUCCAAGCAAACACACUAUUGUGAUGAAUUAGAUCCAGAAGUUCUUGCUGCUUAUGCAGCGAGUGCACUUACUAGACAUACAAAUAAAUUAGCGUUUAAAGCAAAAGGUCGAAAUAUGAUUACAACAGAUAUUGUUGAAUUGCUACCUAAUGCUUUCCAAACUUUAUUUGGCAACUAAAAAAUGAUAUGUUUAUUUCUAUAUUUUAUUUUCAUAUUUUAAGAAUUGGUAUGUUAUACAAUAAUUUGAAACUUCAUUUUUUAUUAUAAUUAUUCCUUAGCAGUAAU